CUAGUGCGGAAAUAGGCAUUGAAAAUGAGCCGUGGACAAGAUGCUGUUGUUCAUAUCCGAGAAGAGCGUGCAGUUGUUGGAGGCGUUCAAGUUGCAAAGAAAACGGUGAUAGCUGUCACGGAUGGAGGGUGAGAUGCGAUGCCACCUGAAUUCUUUAAUUUAUAUUGCAGAACGCGAUCGACAGAAUAGUAGAGACCGAAGUUGAAGAGGCAAAUCGAAAUGUUCUGAAUAUUUAAGAACUGAAUCAGAAAGAAUACUUCUUUUAGAGAAUACUAAGCAAGUGUUGUGUUGUUAAGUACAAGUGCUUAAUAGUCGCCAGAGAGAAAGAAGCUGCAGGGACAAUACUGUAAGACUUGCAGCAAAUACAUUCAUAAAUCUCCGCCAUAUGGGAAGUUGUUUAUUGGACCAAAGGCGGAAGUGAUAUAUUGCGUUUUGAUUUGUUCUCCUGUGAGUGAAUGUAUAACUAAUCACUAAAUUUGUAAUGCUUAUAACUAAUUAGUCGAUCUUCAUAUUUUUGAAAGGAUAAAUGAGCGGAAACAAAAUUCAUUUCCGUUAUUUAGUCAGUGCCGAUUGUAUGACCGCCUCCAGCGCUUCCGAGAAAAAUGGUCUGUCGAAAGGCAUUCGUAUGAUAAAUAAAACUGUUUAUAUACGUUCGGAGCCGUGAAAACUAACAGCGUGUUAAAGAACGACACACAGCUUUUUGAAUUGAAAAUCAAAAUAAAUGAUCAUGUUGUGGCAGUGUUUAACCUCAACACAUUCCUUACACGGAAUAGGGAACUUUCACUUUCGAUAUCAUAUCUGUUCCACAUUGUUACCUUUUGCCGGAAUCAUUGGCAAAGAAAAAAAAAGCACUUGAUUUGAGUGUCAUUGUAUUCAGUAUACGAAAGUAGUAAUUAGGGACACUAUUUUUACGUUUCCUUCUGGAGACGGGACCGCCAUUUUACGUGUUCACCCGAGCCACGCGAAGGUCUAAUGCACCUAUCAAUGUAAACCCCGUAGGGGGGAGGGGCAAGGGGUGGGGAUUUGACAAAGUUUAAAAUUUUUCGAUCAAAUUCCCCAGGGUGGGAAACGAAAGGUCAAUCAAAAUUGUCAAAAAAGCCCCCACCCCAGGGGACAAAAUCUAAACAAACAAUGCUAUAAUACUAUAUAAAACGAAUAAAAGAACAUUUCAAACACGUCGUUACUACUUUUAUUUACGGUUAACGGAAGCUCAUUAAAUUACUCGCUGUAAUUAAGUAUUUUCUCUCUCCACUAGCAUCUCUUACCUUGAACAACAAAAUCACUCCAGGAAGAUUGACCGUGCUAUAUAAUAUUAAUAAAACGUAAAAUGCUUUAUAACAUCUGCUCAACAUGUCGGAACAGGUCGGAUCAGUGACCCAUAAAAAAUCCUCUGACUUUCACGGUGGAAUUCGAUUUCAAUCGAGUUUUACAAUCAGAUGGGAACUUGAAGAUAAAAACUUCGUCAAAAUAGGCAUUAUCUGUUUAGAUGACAGUUUAAAGUAUCGGAUUAUGGCGAUUAAAACAAAUGAAAACUUCAUACCUUGGUAACUGCUUCUGAAUUGAUACCAGGGUUCUGUCGGUCAAAGUCAAAUGUCCCGACCCCGGGGUCGCUUCGCACGAUCAAAAGCCCGACAGCGGGGAUAGUCCCAGGCAUCAAAUCCCCUCCCCUUGCCCACAUUCCCCCCCCCCCCUACGGGAUUUACAUUGAUAGGUGCAUAACCGCUUGCAGUUGAAGACCCUGAGUUUUGGUCCGGCCCCGGACCUCCCGCUCUGCAGUAACACGCUCUACUGACUGAGCUAACACUGCCGCGGUUAAAAACAUUCCUUAAAACAAUAAGGUUUCCGGUAAUGUUCAAGAAUCAUUGAGUUGGUUAUUAAAUGAGGAAUUAAAUCCUCUUUGCCGUACAACAAAUCGAAAGAAAAAUACACGAGGUAAUUAAGACAAUGAAUCAACUUGUUUCAAGAGAGUUUUCCAAGUGAAAGUUCAGUGACCGCAGUCAGUGGAGUAAACCUUAACGGCGAGCACCGUACUAUUGAUUGUAGAAAAGAGAAGACUCAUCGCAAGGAAGAAAAGAUUAAUAUAACUUACUCACUUUUAUCAUGGAUCAGGCUCUUUCUCAGGGGUCGACCCUCAAUUCUUUGUCAUGCAGUAUUUUCAAUUUCCUCUUCUUUAACAGUCGGCAGGCUACAGGAGCACAUGAAGGUGCCAGGUAUAUUUUCUUGUCUCAGUUGUCUUUCCCUUUUGGGAUCCUUUUGUUUUGAUAAUUUGAUUCUAAAGAUUUGCCUGCCUGUUCUAUGUCAGCAUCUUUCAUAUUCAUAAAUCCGUACUGUUCUUCUUAAACUACCCGUUCAAAACUGGUCAUCAAAGAACGACAGGAAUAGGGUUCAUGUGGCCUUCACUGUUGUCCUUCUUUCGAACAGUAAUAAUUAAAUCGCUGAUGUAAGCGACCAACUCCGAUCCUUCGGGAGAGUUUCUUCUCGUAUCAAAAGGCUUGACUUGUUCUGUUGCGUUUUCUUCUUUGUUGUUGUUGUUAUUGUUCAGUUAUCGCUUUUUAUGACUCUCAAUAACUUCUUUUUGUCUGAAAACCUCGAGCCAUGAUUCUGCAGAACUGGUGUUGUAAACGUUCGCUUUCGUUUCAUUCACUUUGGCAAACCGCGGCACCCCGAAAGGCGGGAAAACUAAUAGGCCAUUUCCAAUGGUAGCUUCGCACCAUUAACGAGGUUAAGUGCUCAGCCUUAUGGGAAUGAUUUUCAUUCUCAUGCGAAUUAAAACUCAUUUUCACGAGAGAGGCUGUGCACUUGGUCUCAUUUUGAAAGUCAGGGGUUUUCAAUUUAACUCGGAAGUGGACUAAACGAUUUUUUUUACACUGCUUUUCGUAUGCAGCCUGUGAUUGGUGAUACGAUUUAUACUUUUCACUAAUAAGAAAAUUGCGUGACCAAUACAAUCAAAUUGUUUCUAAUUUAACAAACCAUUUUUAGUUGACAUCUUUGUUUGGAGUAAAUCUCAGUUACUCAUAUAUUUGAAAUGGUAAACAUGCAUUAUUUUUUUCUCCAUUGUUAAUAAUUUGAUGGCUUAUGAGGUGAACUCCGUUCAAGUAGCUGUAAGGUAAAAAUAUGAAUUUGUGAUAAAGCAAAUACAUCGACUGCCGGUACAGCAGGCGCAAGAAAAGCGUAUAAUUUGAAUAGCUACUGCUACACAAGCUAAUAUUCAUAAUUUUAUAAAUGUGCUAAUCAAGCUGAUAGGAUUCGAUUCUUGUUAUUUCUGCCACAGAAAGAAAAUGUCCCGAAGUUACUGUAGAUAUUUUCUGACCGGUGACUUAGUGCAAAAAUUUUGGCGAGAUCUAUACAGAGCGGACAAAAGCACCAAACUUUGCAUGGUUGUAGCUUAGGGCAUGUUAGUCAAUAUUAGAAUCGGUGCCCACAGCUACCUCUUCAGGAUUUGCAGCAACUGCUCACUGAAGUUCUUCAACAACCUUCCAUGAUGGGUACCCUGUGCUGAAAAUUGCAAUCCUUUUUUUUGCCAUUUUUUGAUGAAAAUCACAUAAAAAGGGAAGUAGAUGGAAAAGGAAACUGUAUUAAUACUAUUAUUAUUGAAACCAAUGACUAAAACAAGUCAACAGAAUGAUAUAGCAACUAUGAUGUACCAUGGUGGGUGUCCUGUGCUAAAAAUUUACCAACUCCUUUUUUUUUUUACCAUUAUUUUGAUGAAAAUCACAUGAAGGACAUGGAAAUAAGAAAGAAAUUGUAUUAUUAUUGAAACCUAUGAAAAAAACAUGCCAACUAAAUGGAAAAUCCAAGGAAGAUGUUUUCAGACGCGUACUCAGUCCCAAAUAGCCUUUCAAGGUGGCGGCUGUGUCUUUUCAUGGACUGUAAGUAUCUGCUAGAGUAAAUUGCCGUUUUUUAGGGAAAAUUGUGACAAGUUGAAACACGAGAGGUUUAAGUGAAUUUUAAGUUCUUCUUGGUGAUAAUUUGUUAUCGAAAGCCACAUUUUCUCUUCACAUUUUGUGCCGAUUAUGAAUGACUAUACUGAGUUUAUUUUCGUACUGGUUAAAAUUAAUAAUAGUAAAAAUAGCUUCUUUCUAUAGCGCUCAUAUCCUGAGCACAUGGUGCUUUACAAUGUUAAAGAGGAAAAAAAAUUAUAUCUCGAGCAUGAAAUAACAUAUAUUAAAAUCUAUUUGCAAUUCACAAAGAACAAGAGAAGGAAACAAGCUAAGAAUUCAUCUGUUUUAAAAUUAUUUUGGCUUUAAAGUUUUUAUAUAAUGAUAAUAAGUCAUGCAAAAAACUAAAUAUUCAUUCUAUAAGUAUAGGUAUAUGAUCUGCAGAUAUUAAAGAAGUUUUACAAAAGUGUUGACUUACUGUCUAAAAAUUGGGUAAAAAGGUAUGUUCUCAGUCCUUUCUUUCAACUGGCUAAAGAUGGUGACUUGCGCAAAUCUAGCUAAUGGUAGUGAGUUCCACAGUUUAGGGGGGCACACUGAAAAAGUCUUUUCCCCGUGAGUUUUCGAGGUUCUAAGACCUGCUGAGAUGCGGACCACAAGUUCCUGGAAGGCCUUCGAUAGCUGUCCGCUAGAUAGCUAUGUGGAAGGUUAAGUGAUCUGAAAACUGACAAAAUAAGUUUAAAAACAACAUGAUAACUAACAGGAAGCCAGUGAAAGUCAAAUAAAUGAUGUGUUCGCAAAGUUUACGAGUCCGAGUAACGAUCCGGGGGGAGUGUUCUGAACAUAUUAUUAAAAGUUCCUUCAAGUGCAUUUUCCUACAACCAUAGAGCAAGGAAUUGCAAUUAAUAGUCUGUUUUAGAUGUAAUAACAGCAUGCACUGCAAUUUCGCUAGACUCCCGUGUGAGACACUUUCUUAUCUUUGAUAAGUUGCUGAGUUGGUGAAACGAUGUUGUGCAAAAAAAUGCUGAGACGUGUGCGUCAAACAGCACGUUGUCAUCAAAUACUACUCCUAGGCUUUGUUGGUGGUGGUUCUUAGCCUUGCAUUACCCAUAAUGACGUCGCUAAAGGGUGGACGAGUACGGUACAUCGACAAGAUAAGCAUGAUUUCAGUCUUAUCAUGAUUGAGUUUAAACUCGUUUCUACACACCAAGAUUGAAAUCAGUUGGGAUCGUUGUCAUAUUUACCUAGGGUGAGAAUCGAAAAGAGAGGAUCUGAGAAACCCACUAAUUUAACGGAUCAAUUAUUUAUGGAACGCUCCUUGACAAUUUGCUAGAAUUCAAGAAGGAGGACUGUGCCGUCUUGUUGCAAUUAAGUUUCAUAUUGAAAUCACUACAGUAGGAACACGUUACUGAAGUGCAAAGUGGCAUCAAUCCUGUCACCUUACGUCCAAGUAAGAAAAAGCAAACUAGAAAAGAGAAAAAAGAAUAUUGAAGCAGAUCAGAAACAGCAAGUUGGAGAUUGUGGCACCAAACGAGCUUGUAAGACUGACACUAUAGUGGAACUGCAAAGUGCGUGCCUUUGUUUGUAACGAAUACAGCUUAAUAUGAAGUUCAGCAAGUAUAAAGAAAUGUGUAUCAUUCUCCACCUCAUUUGCUAUGUACUCGGUGAGUUCAACAAAUGCUCUUGAUUUAUUUAAUUUCUAAUCUUCCUCGGCCUUCCAAGCUGCUCCACUUUUCUUCUUGCGUUCCUCUGACAUGUAUGCCUAUUUCGCAGGUCAGCCUUUAUAGUACAUUUUCAAGGAGCGUUCUAUAAAUUAAUGCUUGUACCGUUAAACCAGUGGGCUUCACACAUCUUCUUUUGUUGAUUCUUGGCAAAUAUAACAACGAUCCCAGUUAAUAUCCAUCCUGGUGUGUAGAAAACAUCUCAGCUUCAGAAACCUUUAACUAACCAGUAAGUUAAUAAACUCGGUAUAGUCAUUCACAAUCGGCACAAAAUAUGAAGCGAAAAUGUAGCUUUCGAUAACAAAUUUAUUACCAAGAAGAGCUUAAAACUUCACUUAAACCUGUCGUGAUUCAAAUUUUGCACAAUUUCACCUAAAAAACGGCAAUUUAUUCUAGCAGAUACCUACAGUCCAUGAAAAGACACCUUCAAGCCGCCAUCUUAAAAGGCUAUUUGAGACUGGGUACGCGUCUGAAAACAUUUUCCUUGGAUUUUCCAUUUAGUUGACUUGUUUUUGUCAUUGGUUUCAAUAAUAAUACAAUUUCUUUUUUUAUUUUCUUGUCUUUCAUGUGAUUUUCAUCAAAAUAAUGGCAAAAAAAGGAAUUGAUAUCUUUAGCACAGGAUACACACCAUGGUAUAUCAUAAUUGCUAUAUCAUUAAGUUGACUUGUUUUAGUCAUUGGUUUCAAUAAUAAUAGUAUUAAUACAGUUUCUUUUUUCAUCUACUUCCCUUUUUAUGUGAUUUUCAUCAAAAAAUGGCAAAAAACAAGUGAUUGAAAUUUUUAGCACAGGGCACCCAUCAUGGAAGGUUGUUGAAGAACUUCAGCGAGCAGUUGCUGCAAAUCCUGAAGAGGUAGCUGUGGGCACCGAUCCUAAUAUUGACUAACAUGCGCUAAGCUACAACCAUGCAAAGUUUGGUGCUUUUGUCCGCUCUGUAUAGAUCUGAGCCUUUAGCCACUUAGAAUCCAUAGUGACUAUUUUGACCUGCAAUUACUUCCAUUCCACAAGGUUUGUUUAUAUUUUCGGGACGGGAUGAGCCACCAUCUCAAUAUCUGUUUCGCACACAUGCCCAUCACCUCACUGUGCCCCCUUAAUAUCUAGAUAACACAAGAAAUCUUAAUAGAAAAUACAUAAACUCAUAUUUGAUUGUCUUUACAGUGUAUCUGGCAACAACAACCCGAGUAUAGGGUAUCCUGGCCACGCCCAACGGGCACCAUUACUCAGCUACCCUCAACAGGGGGGAUAUCCUACCUCUAGGCCAGUGGUGAUCGCUGAUCCACCUGAGCGUGACUGCAGCUACCACUGUUUUGCUUGUGACGGUGAUUACAAAUGGUACGAUCCCGAGGGAAAAGGUAAAACGCUUCUCUGCUUUUCACCUCACACGCGCAAUAACCGUUUUCUAAAGAGCUUAUGUGCCUGCCCCUAAAGACCAACCUUGAGCCAUUUUUUCGAUGUUCCUUUUGUAGUAAUGUUAAAGGGUUUAUAAGUUUCUUUUUAAAGGGUACGAUGGCUUGUCUCAGCAUAUCUUGAAUAAAACCAAGCUGAUAAACAAACAAAUGUUACAGUAGACUUGAUCAGAUGUUCUUCAGAAGUGACAUAAUUCUAAACUAAUAUUUCUUUGUAUUGCAUAAAAAAGGCCUAACCCUCUUAGUACUUUAGGGUUAUUUGACAGUAAGGAAGGACAUUGUAAAACAGGAUUCAAGGAAGGGUUUAAGGAUUCUUUCUUUAAGAUCCAGACGUUUAACGUUUUAGUUCCACAGAUGAUCAAUGUUAUAAGAUUAAACGUUAAUUGUAAAGCGAUGACUUAAACGUUCCUUGAUAUAACACUUUUACCAUUACAAACGAUCAACGCAUUUGAGCGUUUUUCAGUCUUUUUUUCCUUUUUUUUCACCCACAGCAUCACACUUGCCGUUAGUUAGGGGGUAAUAGGGACCUUACGACGACGACGACCGUGGUAAAAAAAUAAAUUUGAGUUCUUUCAAACUUAAUCGCGUCUAUUUGGACCCGUUCAAUAUCUCAAAUGCAGGCGACUUUUCCUGGAGUUGAAUUCUUAAGGAUUUUAUUCAGGUUCAAAAAGAGGAAGGGACAUUCGUCGUCGUAUGUCCACGUCCUCCAUAAAACGUCAAAUUAGGAGGUUUCACGUCGUAGUCGUGCAGUGGACGUCUAAGAAAUGUACUAAAAAGGGUGAUGUACGUGCAGAGCUGUUGUUUUGGUCAUUAAACCUAUUGAUUUUUUAAGCGGACCGGUAUGAGUUCGUAUCGCUCUCCAUACAUUUCUUUUCAUGCAUUUACAUGGGACCGUCCUAAAAACGAACUCACAGCGGUCUGACCUCGUGUCGGUCGUUGACCCUACACGAGUUAUUUUCGUAUCGGUCUGAGACUGUACCGUUCUCAUGUGAAACGGAAACGAAUCUCAGACCGGGUCCUUAAAUAGGAUGUUUCUUCGUACGGCUUUAUCAUUUUUGCUUUUUCUUAGCAAAAUAAGAACACUGCUAUGAAUAACUGUAAACAAGACUUGGAAAUAGCUUCAAUAGAAUAGUAUGCUUCGGUUAAUGUGAGGGAUUGCACCAUUUUGAGAUGCCGUGCAUUUAACAUGCCACCAGAUGAGCGUUAGAUAAAGUUUACAAUUUUCUGGGAGUAGUAAAAUCUACGGUUCUCUACUCACUGUCUUAAUUGGCGUAAAUUGUGUACCAGUUAGGACAGUUAGUGAAUAAUACGUUAAAUGAUCGACUGAAGAAAGUUAUAUAGCUCAGUACAUGAAUCUCCUGUUUUUUGAGUUUGUACCGGUCUCGUGUAAUCAACGAAGCGUGUUGUCCCGGUCUCAUGUAAACGACUGCAAAAAUUACAAAUUGGUACUGGCCUGAGUUCGUCCUGGUCUCAUGUAAUUACCCCCUUAGAUUUUAUGGUGCAUAAAUAAAUGGUGUCUGUCCAUCCAUCCGUCUAACUGUCUGAUGUCUGUCUGCGUGUCUUUUUAUCUGUCUAUGUGACGUGCUUGCAGUUUGCCUGUAUGCCAGUCUGUAGGUAUGUAGACUAGGUAUAUAAGUAUUUAAGGGUGGGGUGGAAGGUGGACCCAAGAAGGCUUGGCACCCUUUUCAUAUGUUUAGCGCUUAUUUCCCUCUCAUAGUAAUGAUCUAAUCAAUUACCGUAUUUAUUCGAAUAAGCGCCCAACCUCGAAUUAGCGCCCACCUCGAAUAAGCGCCCAGCCUCGAAUAAGCGCCCACCCCUCCUCCUCCCAAUCAAACUCAAAUAAGCACUCACCCACCCCACCCACUUGAGUGAAUAGAUUCUAAUAAGAGACUUCCCCGAGGACGGAGUUUUCUUCAGAGUAUUUUACAGAAACCUUGCUUUGUUAAUUCUUCGCGUUUUGUUAUUAGCAUUGAUUGUUUUGUUGCAAAAUAAACAUACUUCACUUGCUGAAAAUGGUGAAAAUUUAAUAAGCGCCCAGCCUCGAGUAAGCGCCCACCUCGAAUAAGCGCCCACUCUCAAGGUCCAAAAAUUUAAUAAGCGCCCAGGGCGGUUAAUCGAAUAAAUAAGGUACUUAUAUUAGGACGUACUUUAUAUUCCAUUUAUUGAGGUAAAAGUGUGUCCAAGGAUAGAGCUUUACCUUAUCAUUAAGAACACGAAUUUUUUAGUGCUCGGUUAAUUUCUCCUUCUGCUCGCAUUUCUUUGCCCUACUCCCCUGAAUCUGAACGCCUGGAACAGGCCUUUAGCUCUGCAUUGAAAGAUGCUUCGUCUAAGAACUGCCUGAAAUCGAAGAAUUUUCUUUAUCAUUUUCAGGUAUUUGUUGGGUGCUACUACUUGUGCUGUUCUGGCUUCUCGUGGGCGCUAUUGUGAUAGCACUCUUCAUCCUGUACUGUGUUAUAGGUACUUUGUGUGAAACUUUCUGUGGUAAAAGUGACGAGUAACUGCCGUGCCAUAUUGCAUCCUCCUUGCAGUACCACGUGGCACUUUAUUUUUGCAGACUUUCGGUUCUAUUUAAACCCAAGAUGGGCGCCCGUUACAAUUUUUAUAAGCGCUAGAUCUCGACCUUACAAGAAAAUAAGCGACUGUGAACAAUUUGUUCUCACUAGAAAUUAUUUUUGCGCAAUGAUUCUUUGCUGUUGUACUCAGACUCUCGCAUUUAUCGAUUGAGCCAAAAUAAGGCCAACAAAUAUCUACUACGUUUCCAGUUUCAUUUUGUAAUUGUUUAUAAUGUUCUGUUCUCUGGUCUGACUUAUGCUGGUAUUCAGAAACGCCCAACCGACAUAGCUAGGUAGCAAGGGUAGUGUACGUCCCAGGAAGGUACUCCGGAUCGAUGAUUGAUGAUCGAAGGCAGGAGCCCAUAACCCGGUGCGGGCAACUCCCAUACUAGGCCUAUGUCACAGCGUUUUACGGUCCGGUUUUGUUUUAGACACAUUUUAGGUUUGAAAAAAAAAAACAACACAACUUAAACAAAAAAAAAUAAAAAACAAAAACACCAGUAGUUUCUCUAGCAACCUUUGUGGCAUUAC